GUGGCAAUGAGAGGUCAUUACAAACUGCCUCAUAUUUUUAAAGACAUACCGUUGGGCUGCAUAACUGGACAGGACACCGGAACGCGUUGAGCGCAGCGCGUGUAGUUAGGGGGACGGCUAUUGAGGAGCACCGGCGGGAGAUUUGUUUGUAUUUUUAAUCGAGUUUACAAACUUUCGCUUCGUACUUUUAUACAAACACGCGCUAAGCUUUAUUUCCGCGAUAAUUAGCGCUAUGAGACUCCCAGUGUGAUGUUUAAACACUAGUUUAAACAUUGGUGGACUCGCGUAACCGGUUAAAGUGACGAUAAACAGCAGAAACUCGUGGCUAUCUGAGGUUAUUCAGUGGUUACAGGAACAGUGCUCUGUGAUUUACUGUAAAACCGCUGAGUUAAAAUGUGUUUUUAUAAAAUGUGGAGCUGAAGAACAACUUACAAGUUCAGAUUCCAGCUGGUGGAAUGACCAGUUCAGCACCAAAAACAUUUUAUUUGGGACAACAUCCAAUAAUAAAGAAGAAUGGAUUUCGUGCUGCUGAGAAACCUACAACAAGACAGUCAAAUCGCCUUUAUCAGCCCAAGCCCUCUGAAAAUGAAAACCACAGAAAAGAAAGCAAGCAAAAUGAGAAGAAGCAGCAGAUGCCUCACCUGUAUGAAAACCGAGAAAAUGCUCACAGACCACCACAAAUGCAAGAUACAGAAAAUAUCAGACCUUCAAGCACAGAGCUGGCAUCGCCCUUACAAGACUGUGGAGAAGCUAAAACACAUACGAAAAAGGCAAAAGAUUGGAAGGACCUGGCACAGAGGCUUCUGUUCAGUGAAACAAAAAAGAAGACGCAUGACCGCGAUGCAGAAAUUGAGCAGGGUCCAGAAAUCUGCUCACCUCAGAAAGUAGCCACUUAUAAAAAGAAGAGCUUGAAUGCAUCAAACGGACGGUCAAAGUUAGAGUUCAGAGGAGAGCAGUCAGUGAUCAGCCCAGAUGGCCACAAGAAUACAGCAAAAGAUUAUAUUUUGUUUAAUCCAGCACACUUGGCUGCUGCCAAAGAAAGAUCCGGUUUGCAGAAAGGAACCCAUGGGAACAUGUCCAUCUCUGUGCUCACUCCUCCAACUGGUCUGGAGCUUAGCGUGCUGGGGGGAUCACAGGCACAUGCAGCACACAGCAUUCAUAUGGCGAUUCCUGCUGAUCAGUCUGACAAGCUGCUACUGUCCAGCUGGGGUCUACCCAAGCCUGUGCUUGAGAAGUACCAGAGUCUGGGGGUUAAGCAGAUGUUUGAAUGGCAGGCAGAGUGCCUCACCUUGGGUAAAGUGUUGGAGGGCAAGAACCUGGUGUAUUCAGCUCCAACCAGCGCUGGGAAAACUCUGGUAUCGGAGUUAUUGAUUUUGAAAAGAGUCCUAGAGACGAGACGCAAGGCCAUUUUUAUUCUUCCUUUUGUUUCUGUGGCUAGAGAAAAAAUGUUUUAUCUACAGAACGUGUUUCAGGAGGCCGGUGUUCGGGUUGAAGGGUAUAUGGGCAGCACGUCAGCAGCUGGUGGGUUCUCUGCAUUAGAUGUUGCCGUGUGUACGAUUGAAAAAGCCAACGGACUCAUCAACAGACUUAUUGAGGAGGACAGAAUGGAUUUGCUGGGUAUUGUGGUUGUAGAUGAGCUGCACAUGCUGGGGGAUUCUGGUCGCGGGUAUUUGUUGGAGCUCUUGUUAACGAAAAUCCAGUAUAUUGCAACAAAAACUAAAGAGAGGUGCACUGAUAAGGCGUACACUGAUGGUGUACAGAUUGUGGGAAUGAGCGCCACACUGCCAAACCUGGACCUCCUUGCUCGCUGGUUAAGUGCUGAGCUCUACCAUACAGACUAUCGGCCUGUGCCGCUGAUGGAGUGGGUCAAGAUUGGCACUCAAAUAUACGAUGGGUCCAUGACUCUUAUUAGACAGUUCACACCUGCUCUCCCUGUGAAGGGUGAUGAUGAUCACAUAGUGAGCCUCUGCUUUGAGACAGUGCAUGCUGGCCACUCUGCACUGCUGUUCUGUCCCUCUAAGAACUGGUGUGAAAAACUGGCAGACAGUAUUGCCAGGGAGUUUUACAACCUGUACCACAAAGAAAAACAGUCAGAAUCUGGAGUUCAGUCUGUGUCUCUGAAUCUGGAGGGUCUUCAGGAUGUGGUAGCCCAGUUAAAACGUUCUCCAGCCGGCCUUGACCAAGUACUGCAGCGCACUGUACCGUGGGGUGUAGCGUUCCACCAUGCAGGUUUGACGUUUGAUGAGAGGGAUAUCCUGGAUGGUGCUUUUCGUCAGGGCUUCAUCAGGGUGCUGGCCGCCACUUCCACUCUGUCCUCUGGUGUAAACCUGCCCGCUCGUCGUGUGAUUAUCAGAACUCCAGUGUUUAACGGACAUUUACUGGACAUACUGACCUACAAACAGAUGGUGGGACGAGCAGGGCGUAAAGGAGUGGACACUAUUGGUGAGAGUGUUCUGGUGUGUAAGGAAGCUGAGCGCAUGAAGGGUGUAAGUCUCAUCCAAGGGUCUUUGAAGCCAAUCAGCAGCUGUUUAGUGAAGCGGGAAGGAGAGGGAGUCACUACCAGCAUGCUCAGGGCCAUCCUGGAGAUCAUAGUUGGAGGAGUUGCCAGCACACCAGAGGAAGUGAGGACCUAUGCAUCUUGCUCUUUACUGGCAGCCAGUAUGGCUUCAGAGCAGCCGGAAGCUGCCCAGAGUCGUGGGGCCAUCGAGGCCUGCAUGGAUUGGCUAAUGGACAACGAGUUCAUUCAUAUUCAAAAAGAAGGAGAAACGGAAAGAUACUGUCCAUCUCAUCUGGGUUCAGCCACUCUGUCGUCCUCUCUGUCGCCCCCGGAGGCACUGGGAAUCUUUGCUGACCUUCAGAGAGCAAUGAAAGGGUUUGUCCUGGAAAAUGAUCUCCACAUUCUUUACCAGAUAACACCGGUAUACGUUGACUGGACAACAAUAGACUGGUACCAGUUCUUCUGUCUGUGGGAGCAGCUGCCUUCUGCAAUGAAGCGAGUUGCAGAGAUGGUGGGCAUUCAGGAAAGCUUUCUGGCGCGUUCGGUCGGUGGGAAAUUAAUAGCCAAAACCGAAAAGCAGCGCAGACAGAUGGCCAUUCAUAAACGGUUUUUCACAACCCUUGUGCUGUUGGAUCUGGUCAGUGAGGAACCUCUUGGAGCAGUUGCGAAGAAGUACGGCUGUAGCCGAGGACAGCUGCAGUCACUUCAGCAGUCAGCCUCUACCUACGCAGGUAUGGUUACAGUCUUCUGUAAUCGACUUGGAUGGCACAAUCUAGAGCUGUUAUUGUCCCAGUUCCAGAGCCGUCUGAGUUUCGGGGUACAGCGGGAGCUGUGUGAUCUGGUGCGGAUCUCUUUACUGAAUGCCCAGAGAGCACGUGCUCUCUACAGCGCUGGCUUCGUCACUGUAGCAGAGAUCGCAAGAGGAAACACUGCUGAUGUGGAGAAGGCCCUGCGGAAAGCAACCCCUUUUAAAAGUUCUCGGCAGGCAGUGGAUGAGAGUGCGGAGGAUGCUCAGGAGCGCAGGAGCAUGCGCUGUAUCUAUGUGAGUGGGAAGAAGCCCCUGACUGAGAGUGAAGCUGCCAAGCAGAUCGUGUUGGAGGCGAGACUGCUUCUCCAGCAGGACUUGGCUUUGCUUGGAGUGGAGUGGAACCCUGAAUUACUCUCUCCAAAAACCCAAACGAAUUCAGGUGAUGAAUCAACAAGCGAAAAAUUGCAGGAUUCCAAGAUACAGACUGUAAAAAUGCAAACUGAAAGUUCAGCCGGAGAGCACAACACUCACUCUGAUAGAGAACAUAGGCUGAUUGAGACGAUAGAGGAACAUCAGACAUCAGCUGACGAUAAUGUUGGGUCUGGAAACAUUGCUCAGUGUUCUGCAAAGAUAGAUGUUUCUAAUACAAGACCUCUGGAAAAGCCUGUGGAUGUGGAUAGAACUGAAAAAGUGAAGAAAACAGCUGAUGAUAAUUCAUGUGUGACAGCCCCCAGCAUAGCAAACACUGGAGAGCAAUCCACUGCAUUAAAUAAAGUGCUCAAAUCCAUUCAGUCUAAAGACAAAACCUAUCAUAGUCAUCUCAGGUCUGCUGAGGAGUUAUCUGAGUUAGCGAAGUCCUCUUGUCAAGAAGCCUGUGGACGUGAUUCUGAAGUACAAAAUGUAAUGUCUAUAAGUCCACAGUCUAAACGUAGGAGGAUGGAAAGUGAUGAUAACAUGAAAAAAACAGUAAAUGAAGCUGUAGAUGCAGAGGUUCACAAAUCCACAGAUUCAACUGGUUUACAGAUAUUUUCCGCCAAUAAUCUCCACUGUGACGUGAACAAAAAGCCACAGGAAGAACCUAAACAGAGCUCAAAGCCUGAUUUAAAACAAAACUGUGGGGCAAAAGUGUCCAGUAAAUCAUCAUUUGUUCCAAUUCAUCUUGGGGAAACGAUAUUGUUAAGCAGUAACAGUCAUAUUCCAUCAGGUUCUGGAAAAAAGUGCACAUCUAAAAGAAAACAUGUGGACAGCGUGACUGAUUCAGAAAAGGAAACUGAAACUAAAAAGGACAUUUACCAUCAUACUGACUCUUACCGGAAUAUGAAUGCCACAAACAACGCAACAAGCCCUCAUGAAGGUGUGAAGACUCCACAGACAUUUUUGUUAAACUCUAAUGUAAAAUCGGCAAAAGUCGUAAAUGAGAUCAUACAGAGUUCAGGGGAGAAAUGUAACUCUCCUGAUUUGUACACUGGUCAAACAGAAGAGUUUGGUGACAGUUUUCAGCUUGACACGCAGACUGAAAGAAUAUUACUGCAGGAGGACAAGCUGCUACAGGAAGAAAAAUGGAGUUCAGAUCCUCAGAUUGCUGAAGCUAAGGUGGCAAACGAUUGUGUUGGAACAGAAUGUGGGUUGAAUGGGUCAUACCCACAUCCUGAAAAUCAACAUGUUUUAGUACCUCCGCACAGCACGCCUGAAGGUGAUAAUAAAAACAGCAAAAAAGAUGAUGGCCUAUUAUCUCAUAUAUCUUCUCUUUCCAGAAACAAUCCAAGCAAACAUCUGCCAUCAAGCGAAGGCAAACCCAAGUACAACAUUUCUCUGACGGACAGCCAAAUGGAGAACAUUCUUAAUUUCACCAAUCAGACGCCUGAGGGAGAAUCUGGAGAAGCAAAAUCAAAUUCAGUGGAACCACAAGCCAAAAAUGAGGAGCCUGACAAUGCUAGAAAUGCAGGGCUUGAAAAUGGAAUUUCUGACAGUAGCCCCAAUAGAAGCAGCAGCUUUUUAUUUGAUAGUCUUUAUGACAACUCCAUCUUGGAGGCGAUGGAGGAGGAAGAGGCGGGAGGAAUAGAUGAAGAGGAGGGAGGAAAAGAUGAUGAGCCAGAUGAAGAGGAGAAUCAUGGUGAGAACUCUGGAAAAGCUGUGGAAACUUCCAGCAAUUUUCAUCCCCCAGUUGCUGCAGUAAAUGAAGUAAGAAAAAAUGAUAAUAGAAAUGAUGUGGAGGAUCCAGAAGCAAUACAAUGGGGCGAAUCGUCCUUCAACCUGUCAGAAUGGGGAGACUCUCUAGUCAUUGGAGAGCAUUAUCUAGAGAAACAUAACAGUAGUCUGAAGGUCUGCCGUGCACCAAAAGUAAGCUUGGUUGAAGAAGAAAAGCCUACUUAUACAGAAGAUGCAUCGUCUGAAUUACAGAAAUUGCAAAGCAACCCAGCACAUCCAGAAACUCUCGCCGAAUCCUCAUUUAACUUCAGCCCUGGAAUGGAAGACAUUUUCGACAAAUGGGUCGACCAUUUCUCGACCCUGCAUGAACCUCCAGAACAACCUAGAGCUGCAGACCAGACCCAAGCUAAGCAGGUUAAUGCUGCAGUAACUACAACACAUUCUGAAGCUGAUCAGGCAAUCAGUCAAAGAGACAUGACUGCAGAACAUUUCCCUGUAUCCAAAUCAAACCAAAUGAAUCAGGAACUUGUUCCACCCACACCUGUUUCUGAGCCGGUCACACCCAGAGUAAAAUUGACCACUUCUGCUGUGCAGUCCCCAAUAAGUUCUAGAGGUGACCUAGAGGUUAAACUGAAUUUCCACACUGGUACAAACAAUGAUACGAACGUGAAGAUGUUGGACACGUCUUUAGACGAGGGCUUUUCUCUGCAGCUCUCACAGGACGCCUCUCCUUCCCAGUUUACUCCAAGCAAUCCAGAAUCCUUCUCUAUAAUUGAUGUUGCAAGCGAUAAAAGGCUUUUUGAAACCUUUGUAAAAGAAUGGAAAACAAAGAAGAGGUUUUCUCUUUCCGUUGCCUGUGAGAAGAAAGAUGGCGCAGUGCAGCCAGAGUCUGCUAUAGGAAGCAAGUUUCAGAAAGCAACGACACCAGUGAGGAACAAAAGGAAAGAUGGGUUUGUCCUGAAAGGACACGAGAGUCUGGUCAUCACUGGCGUAUCUGUAUGCUGGGGAGGAAAGGACGCAUAUUUUUUAUCACUACAGGAGGAGCUAACAGACUUUGCUAUCAGUGCAAGCCUUGCACCACCACCACUCGAUGAAAAUCUGCCAGUAAAGGAGAGACUGAGGAACAUUCAAGUUUGUUUGAUGAGGUCCUCUUCAGGUGCGGAUGGAGUGAUGGUUGCUUAUGACUUCAUUCAGUUGUACAAGACUCUACUUCAAGCCUGUGGACUUUCAGUAAGAGGCACAUUUGAGGAUCCAAAGGUUGCCUGUUGGCUUCUGGAUCCAGGCUCUAAGGAGCGUACCCUGCACAACAUGGUCACAAACUUUGCUCCUAACGACCUUCCCUUGUUGGAUGGAAUUAGUUCUGGGCAAGGUGUGGAAAGUCUGGGGAUGUACGGAGAUCCGAGCCAGUCUGGACGCUACAGAGCAGCUAUUGAAUCUGUUCUUGUCUUCAGGGUCAUGACAGAACUCCGAGUUCUCCUGGACAAAGAAGUUUUUUUAGACGUGUUCCAGAGAGUGGAAAUGCCCACUCAGUACUGCUUAGCUCUGCUGGAGCUGAACGGGAUUGGGUUCAGUGUUGCUGAAUGUGAAGCUCAGAAACAUGUGAUGCAGGCUAAGCUCAGUGACCUGGAGUCCCAGGCUUACCAGCUAGCUGGUCACAGCUUCUCGCUGACUAGUCCUGAUGAUGUUGCUGAGGUGCUGUUUCUUGAACUAAAGUUGCCUCCAAAUGGUGAUUUGAAUAGUCUAAAGAAUAAAAAGACUUUGGGAUACACCAGGAGAGCAGGAGCAGGUGCCCGUGUCAAACUCUCCAAACAGUUCAGCACAACCAAGGAUGUUCUGGAAAAGCUCAAGCCUUUACAUCAGUUACCAGGAGUUAUACUAGAGUGGAGGAGGAUAACAAAUGCCAUGACAAAGGUGGUAUUUCCCCUGCAAAGAGAGAAGAUCUGGCAUCCCAAACUGAAGAUGGACAGAAUACACCCAGUCUCCCAGUCUCACACUGCAACAGGAAGGGUGAGCUUCACUGAACCCAAUAUUCAGAAUGUGCCGAAGGACUUUGAAAUCCAAAUGCCAACACUUAUUGGAGAAAGCCAACCCUCACAAAAUCAUACAACCGGUGUCUCCAGCAAGUCACGGAAUACAAUAUCUCGGACCAAUCAUCAGUUAAUAGCCCUGGUCAAAGAUUCUGACAAAUCCCCAGGUAAGGGGAUGCCUUUCUUCGUCAGCAUGAGGCACGCGUUCGUUCCUUUCUCAGGAGGACUGAUUCUAGCUGCUGACUACUCUCAGCUGGAGCUCCGUAUUCUGGCUCACCUGUCGUGUGAUAAAAGGCUUCUUCAGGUGCUGAACAGCGGAGAAGACGUCUUUAAAAGCAUCGCUGCCGAGUGGAAAAUGGUGGACCCUGCUGCAGUUGAUGAUUCCACACGACAACAGGCCAAACAGAUCUGUUAUGGCAUUAUUUAUGGCAUGGGGGCGAAGUCACUCGGGGAGCAAAUGGGCAUUGAUGAAAACGACGCUGCCUGUUAUAUUGAAUCAUUCAAAGCCAGAUACACAGGUAUACAGGCUUUUCUUCGUGAAACUGUCAAAAACUGCAGCAAAAAUGGCUUCGUCAAGACUUUACUGGGCAGGAAGAGGUUUCUCCCCGGGAUCAAGGACUCAAAUGUCUACAUAAAGUCUCAUGCUGAGCGACAGGCAGUGAAUACAACAGUCCAGGGCUCGGCUGCAGACAUCGUGAAAUUGGCCACAGUCAAUAUCCAGCACAGACUGGAGGCAACUUUCCCAGGAGUUCCACAAUCACAUCAGCAUAAUCCCAGCGAGACAGCUGAUCAUGGACGGUACAGGUCUCGCUCCAGACCGUUUCGAGGGGCUUUCUUCAUCCUUCAACUACAUGAUGAGCUCAUCUACGAGGUUGCAGAAGAAGACAUCAUCCAGGUUGCACAAAUCGUGAAGUGGGAAAUGGAAUCUGCCAUGAAACUCUAUGUGAAGCUCAGAGCAAAGGUUAAAGUGGGUCCAAGCUGGGGAAAUCUUCAAGACUUGGACAUCUGAAGCGCGCACACACACACACACUGCCUCACUCUACUAAGACGGUGUUUUAUCAAAAGACUGUACAGGUACUGUGUGAGUACACUAAUGAAAUGCACUUUCCUUCCUACCAUUUUUAACUACCAGAAUGAAAUGUCAACGUUUUUAAAAAAUGAUUAUUUAUGGACAUCAAGUAUCUUUGUAUUGUAAUAAUAAACAGUUAAUUAUU